GAAGAAGCCUGGCAGAGUGGGACCGAGCAGGGGGCCUUCUCUGUCGAGGCGCCCUCCGCAGCUGCUGGCGAGCUUCGGUGUGAGGUGGUGGCGUUGCUUUCUGAACUGGCAGCGGAACGAGCCGCCGCGGCCACCGCCGUCGCCACCGCCGCCGCGCUUCAGUCCUCUCUGGAGUCGGCGCAGCGGCAGCUGGCGGCGGCGAUGGGUCUGGCGGAGGCGGCAGCUGAGGCGGCGGAGGCGGCGGCGGCGUCGCAUCACCUGGGGGUGGAGGUUCACCGGCACUACCUGCGGCUGGCUGCGGACAUUGCCGCACAGCUGCUGGCGGCUGCAACUACCACCGUUGCCCCGCCGUCACACCUCCCAGUGACGACAGCAACCGCGCCCUGCAUGGCUCCACGGCAACAGCAGCUGCAGCCACCAGGAUACCGCCCUCCGGUCGUGAUUGGUGCCACCACUGCUGCCGCUGUCGCUGGUGCUACUGCCGGUGCUACUGCCGUGACACUCAGCGGUAGUGCUGUUGCUGCGAGCUCCGCUUCUGUUUUUGCUGCUGGGGCAGCUGCUGUCUCCUCCGGUGCUGCUUCUGAGUCUGCUGCUAGCAUUGCUUCCAGCCUGGGCUCAUCCCGAACCCCUUGCAGCGGCAGCAGCGGAGGCGGCGGUGGAGGUGCCGCAGGCGGGAAGAGGAACCACUCCUGGUCUCCUUGCUCGGCCUACUCGCCCUCCUCAUUCACCUCAUCCUCCAUUGGGUCUUCCUUUGCGCCCUCGGAUGCAGCCCUGUGCUUUCCCUCGCCCCCUGCCUCGUCCUGUACAACACCGUGUAGUGCCAACAGCAACAGCAGCGCUGGUGGUGCUGCUGCUGGUGGUGGUGGUGCUGCUGGUGGUGCUGCUGUUGCUGGCGCUGCUGCUGCUCGUGGUACUGCAACUGGUGGUAGUAAAGCUUUCGGUGUUGGACGUGCUGGUGCGGGUGGUGUGGCAGCACGGGAGGAGGUACGGCAGCGCGUGCAUGGGUCGCACUCGUGGGGUGCACCGGAACAGCAGCAGCGGAGCCCUGCAGGGACGGCGGAAGCAGGGGCGGCGGAU